GGAAGUGAAAGUGUAAAAGGACUUACGUUUUUUCCGGUGGGGGGAAAUUCAAACAGAGAUUUACAUUUAAGGGCACCACUUUUUUCAGCGUCGUGUUUACAAUUCAUGUUUGAAUUUCUGGCGCUCAUAUGGAGUUCAUACCGACUGUACCAAUUUUAUUUUUCCUGUUGGGAAUCUGUAAUAAAGGUUUAGCAGUUUUGAUCCAAACCCAGCAGACGGUGUUGGCAGCAGUAGGAGAAGAUGCUCCUCUCAGCUGUCGGCUCCUGGAAACUAAAGACGUCCAGCAGGUCACCUGGCAGAAAGUGUUGGAGAAAACAGAGAGGAAUAUUGGUUCCUACAGCCAGUAUUUUGGUGAAACAGUGAAUCCUGGAUUUAAAGAUAAAGUUCAGUUUACAGGAGCUGGACUGCAGAAGAACUCUAUAGUUAUCAGGAACGUUACAGAGCAGGAUGCAGGAUGUUAUCUCUGUCUGUUCAACACCUACCCUGAUGGAGCUCUGAUAGCUGCAACCUGCCUGGAGGUUUAUGAGCUGCAUGGACCCUUCAUUGACAUCAGCAGAUCAAACUCUCCUCCAGGGUCGGUUGUGACCUGUUCAGCCACAGGUCGACCUGUUCCCAUGGUAACACUGACUGUUCUCCAUCAGAACCUCAGCUGCUCCCACUACAACACCAGUACAGAGACCAACACUAACGGUACCGUCACCGUCACCACUAAAGUUCUGCUCUCAGAUCUCAGCAGCACACAGGUUGGAUGUUCAGUGUCAGUGGACUCUGCUGCUCCCAGAGAGCUGCUGGUCACCGUUCCUGAGGUCAAAGAUUCGUCUGAUGAUGAGCUACAGAAACAAUCUAGUUUACGUGUUGAUGAGAGUCAGGAGUUUAAAGACCCGAAAAUCCCCGUGAUCCUUGUAGUCGCUGGUAUAGCUUUGACUUGUUGUUGUGCUGUAAUCAUCGUCCUCUGGAGACAUAAAAAUGUCCAAAACAGAGACGAUGAGAACAACAAAACACCAUUAAGAUCAGACAAACAUGCAGACAGGAACAUAACACCUUUUAUGAAGCUGACGAAUGAGGUUAAACAGAGACUUUCUGCCAAGAAAAGUCGAGAAAACAACGACCUCAAAGCAUUUCCUUCUGCGUCAAAAAGACUGUUUUGAUGACCUCUGACCUGACAGAUUGACAUGAGCGUUAAAGAUCCAGUUGAUCAUUUAAAAUGCUUGAAAACUGAAUGGAUCCCAUUUGGAAAUCUAUUUUGUUGGAUAAACUAAACGCUAAUACUUUCUGUAUUUCUUUCAAAUUAAUGUAAAGAACUUUGAAUUGAAUUUUUGCUGAAAAUGUGUUAUAUAAAUAAAAUCUCCUUACCUCAA